AUGGCACCUGCCCCCCCAGUCUUUGCCACGUCGCUGACCCUCCUGCACCCUCACAUCCCUGCUUCAGGCACCCAUUAUCCUACAAACAAUGGGUACAGAAAACAUAAAAGGCACGGAGUAGAAUACUGUGGCCAGCGCCGCGUGGCACCACCCAGACCCACCUUCCGGACUCAAACAUCCAUUCUCCUAGCAACCAGGAGUGUCGGGGGCUGGCAGUUCACAGUGAAAUUCCAUCCCAAGAACUGCCGACAGAGCCUCCUCACCAAGUCUGGUGGCUCGGCCCCAAGUGAAAAUCAAAGGGGAGAAAGGGGCGAAGCAGAGGAAGGUAAAGCCGUCCAGGAAGAGGUGGUCCUGCCCCUCUUCUGGCGCCUGCCUGGGAGCCUGCGUCCAGGAAGCAGAAGUGCUCAUUCUGAAUACAGGGGCAUGGGCCAUGUUGGCUGUGUCUGCCUGCUGUCCCUUUUGCUGGUGUGUGGACAACUUGCAUCCUCAGGCCGCAUCAUGGGUGGGCGGGAUGCUGCUAAGGGGCGCUGGCCUUGGCAGGUCGGCCUGCACUUUGGCCUGACUCCGGUCUGUGGAGGUUGCCUCAUCAGUGACAGAUGGAUCCUGACUGCAGCACACUGCAUACAAAUGAACUGGAUGCCUUGGUUUUAUACUGUGUCACUGGGAUCACUCAAAGUAAGCUCUGCAAAUUACGUUACAAAGCAUCAUGUGUCCAAAAUCAUUUUCCAUCCCAAAUCCUACGAUACAACCGCAGACAUCGCCUUAUUGAAGCUGGUCAAUAAAGUUACCUUCACUUCUUCCAUCCUGCCCAUUUGCCUGCCCAAUAUCACAAAGCAACUGAAUACUCCUGGCUCUUGCUGGGUGACUGGAUGGGGAAAAGUUAACGAAAAUGAAGAUACUGAUUAUUCUCCCACCCUCCAGGAAGUAGAAGUACCCAUCAUCGACCGCCAAACUUGUGAAUCUAUGUACGGCUCAAUCAGCUUAUUAUUGCCAAACUUAGAGCCGAUAGUUAAGAAAGACAUGCUGUGUGCUGGCGAUGUUCAUAAAAAGCUGGAUACCUGCAAGGGGGAUUCUGGAGGGCCUCUGUCAUGUUAUAUUGAUGGUUCAUGGACCGUGAUAGGACUGGUGAGCUGGGGAUUCCGAUGUGGUGAAUCUCUUCCCGGAGUCUACACCAACGUGACCUACUAUCAAAAAUGGAUUGAAGCCAUUAUUUCAAGAUGAUGUUUGGGGGCCAACAAUCUGGACUUACCUGACUUUCUGUCCCCUAUUUUACUGUUCUCUCUGGCUCUUCUAGGACCCUCCUGGGCCUUGGGUCUAACAUCUUACCAGGAAACUAGGCAGGCAGCUGAAGCCACCAGCCAAGUACAGGGCUAGGGAGGGAAUGCAUGGAGAAUAAACCUCAGGGCCAGAGAACUCACAGGAGAGUCCCUGGAAACUCUGGAUAACUUCAUUAAAACGACUAGAAGUAAUUCUGGGUCCUUGAUUUUAUAA